CUUCGGACGACAACAUGGUGGCAGCAAUGAAUUCCAUCAAUGGAUCUGACUUUCAGAACAUGAAUCCGCUGAGAAGCCUGGGUCCUCUACACCACUGAACCUGGAAACUUUGGUUCCAACGACAAAACGAAUAUCUCCCUGGUGGACCUGCAAUAUCCCUGAUGGAUUUCCUUACGAAAUUAUGAAAAGAUGAGACCAAAAUCACACCAUCUUGACUCCCAUGGAGCCGAGUCCUCCUUACCGAUGAGAAAGGCUGUGAAAGAUAAGCUAGUUGCUACUCUGCCUUGCGAGAUAUCAAUGACCUGGAACCUUCGCCUGAGGACUUUUACUUCGAAGGAAUUUUUUAUCCGUCUGUCCUGCUGGCGCCAGGGUAGCAUCCCUGUGUUGACCCGGGAUUAUGUUGGAGGAUGUGCUCGGUCAGAUUCAUCAGAGUCUUUGGUUGACCAGAACUUGAAGUCUCCUGCCAAUAGGACAGGAGGGUCUGUCGCUGAGGUUUUCAACUGGAUGGUGGACUCUCUGUCUUCUGGUAACAUGAAGGGUUUAAAAUCUGGAAUGUUGAUUGCUGGGUGGGACGGCAAAAGGGGUCCUAGCUUGUACGGCUUGGAUUUUGAGGGGAAGCGUCAUCAUGGGAAACUGUUUGCCUGCGGAGAAUGUUCAGAACUCGGUGCUGGUGUUCUUUGUACCAAGAAAUUUCCCUACAUAUCAGCUGAUGAAGGUGGAAAGUUUGCCAGGGUUGCAAUUCGCACUGCUGUAGCUCGAUCUAUUUAGUUUUAGUGCAAGUGAUGGAAGUGUUGUCGAUGGAGCAAGUGAAAGUGUCACAGUUUACUCUGUAGGACCUGCUGGUUGGGGCUCAACACAAAACUGAUGAAGAGCAGGAUCCAUUUAUUGCAUUAUCUUUUUU